AUGAAAGCGGAUGUGAUCGAAGCUGAGAACAUCCCAUCAGCAAGUGCGGAUGAGCUGGCAACAAUCCUUCGAGAGCUCCUCGCAUGCCCGGAAGACGUUGCUUAUACGCUUGGUUCACAGAGUCAAGCUGCAAUCAUGGAACUACCUCAUGAUAGUCGUCCUGUGACAUACGAUGGACUGGUCGAUGUUGCCCGCUUUUGUGUAGAAGAAGAACCUGGCUGGUCACAGACUGACUGUGUGAAGCUCAUCGCUCAAUACCCCCGUCUUGACACAUUCGCCCCUGGCGAGCCACGCUUGUCGCAGUUGUGCGAUGAGUAUGAAACCCGUUUCCCAGGGUUUCGUCUUAUAACGAGUGAUGAGGUACAUGAUCCCCAAUUGGCACUUGGUGAAAUUGAGCAUGUAAUGCGGAAUCAGAAGUCAAAAGAACCAUGCUCACAAACAAGCCCUGAGUGGCAGGCUGAGCUAAACCGUUUGAUGGAAAUGCUAUGGGACGUAUCUGUAGAUCGUGCUGCGCAUCUACGACCUGGUUCUGUACCACUAACUGAGCCAACAACGGCUGCGCAAUCUACAAGUGCCCAAACGGUCGAAACCCCCCAUGUACGCUCGGCCCCGGCCCUAGCGACCGAUGCGAAUCUUAAACGUAAUCAACCACCUGUUUCGUCUCAUGAACGAGCGGACGAUGAGCCGUUCCUUUCGCUUUCCUCGUUCCGUGCCUUGGCUGUUGCAUCGCCCGGACUGGAAAAGUUUUUUGAGCACGACUUGGUACGAUCAUUCCGUCUCGAAGACGUACAAUGGUCAAGUACAGGUGGUGCUUUUGCAUGGCACACGGCACCUGUAGUACCACGUAUGAUAGCGGGACGUCAAGGACCAGAGGAAAAGUCGACAAAGUCUAGCGCAGGGACCACUUCACUAGCCUCGGCGCUCCUGCACGGAAAUACUGCGUCUCAAGACACCGAGGCUCCCGUAAGCUAUUCAAGAGACAUCACGACGGGAACACGAGGCAAAGUAGUUGGAUUUCUCGGUGGUCUGCUGGGCGAAGAAGGAAAAACUCGCAUGGACGCUCUGGCUGACCAAGUCGCUUUGCGAUUACAAACACACUCUGUUCGUGGACCGCUUCCAAGCUUUGUCGAAGACUCUCGAGGUCCCACUUCCGAACAAAAAAACAGCAGCAGUCCGUGGCGCAGUGCAUGGAUGCGGGGCAGGUCAGCUGCUUCUAAUGUGGUAUCUGACGCGCGUGCAUCGGGUCUCACCGGCCGCCUCGCCGGCGUGUUUGGCAUCCAGGGCAACUCUUCUUCUUCUUCUAACAAUUCACCCUCCGUUACUACAGCGUUUUCAAGCCAAAACGGCGCUGGUGAGCAUGCAGGCCAGCAACAGAAUGCCUCUGAUAACAUACUGACACAAUCCGCUCUGCGUGGAAGCGAUCUCGCUAGAGACGGUCCUGAAGCUGCUGUGGCAAGUCUACGGGCAGCCAAUGAAGCUCUAGUGCAGGAACGAGACACAUUUGUGAUCGAUGAAAUGCCUGCAUCCGCUGACAACACGAUGAUAGAAAUGGAUGACGAUGUCGAUCAUGACGUGGAGGGACUGGAUGCCCUCAUUGCAGGCGAUACUAGUCAUGCAAGCCACAACGACGAGACAUUGACAGACAUGCCCCAUGACAGGAAUGACAGCUCGUCCCAAGAAAAUGCCCCCUAA